AUGGGACUUCUCUCUUCUAAGAUUCGAAUUAUCAAGGAGAUCCAUCGAUCCGACGCUUCUUCAAUUUUCGAGACAGAAUUCAAUGGUGAUAAGUGUGCCAUGAAGCUCUUUCACAACAAUGGUGAUCCAGGUUUUGCCGAGAAUGGUCGAGAUUUAAAUAGAUGCCGCUGCGAGUUGAACGCUUAUGAGAACCUGAGGAAAUACAACGUGUGCAAGCAGGGCUUCGUUCCAUUCUUCUAUGGGUAUAUUAAUCAAGUCGACCCUUCUGCCUUCCAGCCAGCUCUCCAACAUUUUGUUAAUGACUACUUCCCUCCUAACGCAAUACUACUCGAAUAUCUUCCAAAUGCUGAGAGUUUGAAUUGCAAGAAUUACUCAGAUGCCCGCUACCAGCAUGCGGUAGAUGGUAUGAAGCAAGUACAUAACGCUCACGUUCACCACCAGGAUAUAUAUCCCAAGAAUCUUCUGCUUGUUCCUGGAACUCCAGAAAGAGUUGUGUGGGUCGAUUUCGAUGUUGCAACCACUUUCUCAAGCGUGGGGCCCGACGAAGAGCGGUAUAGUCAAUAUGAGGAUAUUCUUGUUGCAGAAUUUGGGGAAUUCUUGCGAGAGGAUCAAAGGCAGGGACUCUCGCCAAACACGAAAUUCUACUAG